AUGUCGAACACAACGGAGACGCUGCCGCUUUACUUAACGCCACAGUUCUUCAGACGUACCCUGGAGCACGGCCUGCAACAGCAGGAUCUCAAAGUGCUGGAUGUGCAGCUGACGGAUCUGACGCGUGGCGGCGAGAACUACUGCAGUAAUAUUUAUCGGGCCCAUGUCAGGUACCAGACAGCGGACCGAAAAUUGGUGGAGACCUCGCUCAUAGUCAAGUGUAUGCCGGCCGAGAAGCAAGCCAUACUGGCCCGUCUCCAUAUCUACAACAAGGAGACUUUCUUCUAUCUGUACAUCAAGCCAAAGCUGGAGGCGCUCAUGUGGCGGGCACAUGCAGGCGAAGAGCCCUGGACGCUGGGAGCCAGGCACUACUAUUCAACUACGCAGCCGGAGCAGACCAUUGUCUUUGGGGAUCUCUGCUGUGAGGGUUAUCAGCUGAAAUGCCGACAGCUGGGCCUGGAUGCUGCUCAUGCGAGGCUGGUGAUGCGCAAGUUGGCCGAAUAUCAUGCCCUGACCAUGGUCAUGGCCGAGCAUGAGCCUCAAACGAUAAUAGAUCGUUAUCCGUUUGGACUGCUGCACAUGGAUGCCAUUAAAUCGGAGCCUUUUAAGCUGCUUUUUGGCACUCAACUGCUAAAAUUGGCGGCAUUGACCAAUGAUUGCGAAGGAUUUGGUUCGAUAACACGGAAACUUUAUCGCUAUCACGAGCAUUUCACGGAGCGUGUGCUAAAAUCGGUUUAUCCACUGCGUGGAGAUUUAAAUGUUAUGAACCACGGAGAUCUGUGGGUGAACAAUAUAUUCUUCAAGUACGAUGAACAGCACAAGGUGCAGCAAGCGAAGAUUAUUGACUUUCAGCUGUGCUUCUAUGGCAGCCUGGGCUUCGAUGUCAAUUACUUUCUUAAUACCAGCCUGGAGCUGGAUGUGCUUAAGACGCAGCGCCAGCAGCUAAUAGAUGCAUAUUACGAGGCGCUGUUGGGCUGUCUGCAGCAGCUGCCCUGGGACAAGCCGCUGCCCACGCAUGAGGAUGUCAUGGCUGAGAUUCGUGCCCGGGAGGCUUAUGGAUUUUUUGUGGCCUUUGGUUUCUUUCCGCUGAUGAGCAUGAUUGGCAUUGAUUCGGAGGACAACUCGCUGAAGAACUUUCAUGACGAGGAAUUCGCCAGGCAAAAGGUGCAGCUCAUGUUCGAAGGUAAUGCACGCACUCUCGAGAGUCUCAAGUUCACGUUGAAGCGUUUGGAUGACUUGCAUCUAUUCGAUUGAAGGCAGUGAGAAACAAUUGCACAUUGUUGCUCUAACGGUUCAUACAGAAUAAAUAUUGCAUAAUAUUUGAUUGCCCCCUAAUUGAAUACACUGUUAU